GGGGCAGGCCAAGGGGAAAGGCGUUAGGAAACACCACCCACCCAACAUCUCACCAGCAGUACAGUGGUUCUCUUCAACACCGGGAUUUAUGUGUUAACCUGUCUUUGUAUCAUCAAGAUGUCUCUUUCUAAGAAGUUAACUUUGGACAAAGUGGAUGUGAAAGGGAAGCGAGUCGUCAUGAGAGUUGACUUCAAUGUCCCCAUGAAGAAGAACCAGAUUACAAACAACCAGAGAAUCAAGGCCUCUCUCCCAAGCAUCAAGUACUGUCUGGAUAAUGGAGCCAAGUCAGUCGUUCUUAUGAGUCAUUUGGGUAGACCUGAUGGUGUUCCGAUGCCUGAUAAAUACUCCUUAGAGCCUGUUGCUGCUGAACUCAAAUCCUUAUUGGGCAAGGACGUUCUGUUCCUAAAGGACUGUGUGGGUCCGGAAGUGGAGAAGGCUUGUGCCAGCCCAGCCACGGGUACGGUCAUCUUGCUGGAAAACCUGCGCUUUCAUGUGGAAGAAGAAGGGAAGGGCCAAGAUCCUUCUGGAAAUAAGCUUAAAGCUGAGCCAGAUAAAAUAGAAGCCUUCCGAGCAUCUCUCUCCAAGCUAGGGGAUGUGUAUGUCAAUGAUGCUUUUGGCACAGCUCACCGGGCCCACAGUUCCAUGGUGGGAGUGAAUCUUCCCCAGAAGGCAUCUGGAUUCCUGAUGAAAAAGGAGCUAGAUUACUUUGCCAAAGCCUUGGAAAACCCAGAGAGACCAUUUCUGGCUAUACUUGGUGGAGCCAAAGUGGCAGACAAGAUCCAACUCAUCAAAAAUAUGCUGGACAAAGUCAAUGAGAUGAUUAUUGGUGGGGGAAUGGCUUACACCUUCCUUAAGGUAUUGAACAACAUGGAAAUUGGUGCUUCCUUGUUCGAUGAAGAGGGAGCCAAGAUUGUCAAAGAAAUUAUGGCCAAAGCUGGAAAAAAUGGUGUGAACAUUACCUUUCCUGUUGACUUUGUCACUGCUGACAAGUUUGAGGAGAACGCUAAGGUUGGCCAAGCCACUGUAGCAUCAGGGAUACCUGCUGGCUGGAUGGGUUUGGACUGUGGUCCUGAGACCAAUAAGAAGUAUGCAGAUGUGGUGGGGCGAGCCAAGUUAAUUGUGUGGAAUGGACCUGUAGGGGUAUUUGAAUGGGAUGCUUUUGCUAAAGGAACAAAGGCCCUCAUGGAUGAAGUUGUGAAAGCCACUUCCAAGGGCUGUAUCACCAUUAUAGGAGGUGGAGACACUGCUACAUGCUGUGCCAAAUGGAGCACUGAAGAUAAAGUCAGUCACGUGAGCACUGGAGGAGGUGCCAGUCUAGAGCUUCUGGAAGGUAAAGUCCUUCCUGGAGUGAAUGCCCUCAGCAACCUGUAGUUGACAAAGUGUCCCUUCCUACUCUUUUCUGUCCACAGCCUGUAAGUCAACUUAGUGCUUUCACAUCUCAACUCAACUUUUGUUAAAAUGAACCUUUAAAUCAAAACUCAGGCAAUAUGACCAAAGGAUGGGUCGACCAUCAGAAACUCUUAACAUCAGCAGAGAGAUGCAACUCGUUUUAGUUAUGCCAUGCAUUUGCUUACUCUCUUCAAGUUCUCAUUUGAACUUUACUGUUGUGAUUCAUAGAAAGUGAGCUACUUAUUAAAGUGAGUUGAAUAAGC